AUGUCUAGCCAACACUGUCGACCUCCAACAGCAACUUCGGCACAUGUAAGUGAUACCCAAAAUAAUGUUACGGUGACUGAGACGGAAGCAAGGAAUUUUGUUGACGUUGAUGAAAUUGCUUUAGUUAAAACACCAGCACCAGAAAUCAAGCAGGGUAAACAGAAAACCGCAGAAGCUGACACAACACAAAGUGUAACACGGAGAGGUAGAGUAGAAAUUUGCGACCAACCACAGGCUAGUGACCAACACAAAGUGAAGGAUAACAAUAACAGUCAUCGAAAGGAGCAAGUAUCCGAGCUGACGAACGCUAUUGCGGCCACCGAAAAUGUCAGUUCACUUGGCGUAAAAUUAAAAACAUCAAUUUAUGACUGGGACUCACCCAGCUCAUUCACUGGCACAGUGAAGAGGCGGAACAGGCGACCACAUACAGUGGCAGGCGCCUCCUUAAAUGUUCCUCGAGGAGUGGGAUAUGUAAAGGUACAACAGAAUGCAGCUUCGGAAAACUCAUCACUCUCAGUAAAAGCUUUAGCUAGCCAACCGACUGCUGUGGACACCACCGACCGACGGAAAACCACCGAAACCAAUCAAAUAAAUAUUUGUGAUAAUAAACGAAACAAUAAUGCAAUUAGUGCAAGCCAAGCGAACGAAACCAGUAGUAAAUUGAAGCGUCACACAGUACGCAACGAAGAAUCAGCCUCUUACAAGAAAAAAACUGCGAACCUCCUUCGCACCAUGCCAAAGUCACAACGCCAGAGUAAAGAGAAAUCGAAAUUGCGUCACAGCAAGUCUUUGGCAGCGGCCGAUCGUAAUGCAAAUAAUCCGACCAGCACGGCUACACCACCUGAGUCGCCGGGCAGCGAACACAAUCCAUUAACUACGUCGCUCCACUCACAUAAGAGUGCCCCUGGCACAAUACCGAAGUCUUCGAAAGGUUCAGCUUCUCUAAACUCAUCACAGACGCAUAUCAAUCGCAAUCUUUGCAAUGCCUCGUAUACACACACGAACGAGUUAGUCAACGACUCACAUGCCCUGCGAGAUGCCAACUAUAUGGAGUUGAGUUUUUAUAAUGGACGUUACACAGGCGCAGAUUCCACGCAGUUUGCCGAACUCUUUUGUGAUUUCCCCGCAAGUUAUGGUUCUACGACCGUUAUUACGAAUUCGCAGUUUGCGAAGUGUGGACUACAACACUCGCCUCAACCACCACCACCAUAUCGUGAACCACCGCCACCUACACCACCACCGAUUUCGCAAAUGCCAACACGCGAUUCGAGGUACCUUGCGAUGCAAACCUCUACUGAGGGUAGUGCUUCCGUAUCAGCGCCUGCCACACCAUCACGCGGCAAGGUUGUGCUCAGCAAGAAGGAACGCAAAGAGUUGAGUAAGCUGAAUGCACGUUUGGGUGUGUACGAUGGCAGCGAAAAUGCGGGUGGCAGCGCUAGUGCGACAUCUAGUCCAUAUAAAGGACGCGUAUCUGAGCUGAAAAACUGCUUGGCGCGUGGUCUCUUUGCCUCUCUUAGUCGUGGUUCCCAAAAGUCGCUUACAGCGAACAGUGCACCGCAAGAAGAUGUGACUACAUCCUCGAUUGAGGUCUCACCACCGCCACCAGCACCACCAGAUACGAGCCCACCGAAUUCAAAUGCGUCAAAUAACAAUGAUGCUGAUUACAGUGAAAAGCUGAAAAACUUGCCAGUGCGGCAGCGUAAAACCCAUGUUUCGCAUAUGGAUAACUAUUGUCUCUUCGAUCCUGUGGACUUUAUCAAUGAGAAGGCUAUGCGUCAACGCGCACACGAGCAGUUAGGCAGAAUGUUUGAGCCCGCAGCGACGCAUGGUUUGCGUGAUCCAUUAUUUAGCUCACGCCAAAAUCUGAAUUUUAGCGAAGAGGAGAUAGUGCCCGAAGUUAUUUACAAUGAGGAGCUGCCCGGCGAGGAGGAUUCAACACUCAUGAUUGAAGUGACGUAUGGUGAGGCGUGUGGUGGUGCGGCGUCCAAUGCGUCAAAUUUCGAUCAUCACAACUAUUUCGUUAUUGAUCCCGAUGACUUUGAAGAGGAGCCCAUCGGUGAUAUUGGCAUACCGAACCCUUUCACAAACGAACAGCUCGUACACGCUAACCUCGAAGCACUGGCCGUUGAAUGCGUCGCGAGAGUCGAUGAGCCUAUACUACAUGAAUCCGCUAGCUUAGAACAGUUACUCGAGGUUCUCGAUGCAGCGCCGAGUAUGUCGAAUAGUCAGGAGUCAAAAGAUACAAAUACCACAACUUCGCGUACGACUACUACAUCAACUGCGCUUGUAGAGUCUUCCACCUCUACCAACUCAACUAGUUCCUCCACAUCAGCGACGUCCUCGCAAACAACAUUGCAGCGCACAAAAAAACGUUUAACUUUCUUAAAUCUCUCACCAUUUCGUUCGCUCUCAUCGAAAAACUCAACCGCAGCAGGUAACACGGGGGGUACAAACACAGAAAAACGCGGUAAGCGCCAACAACGUGCCAUAUCGGAGUUAGUUAGUUCGGAGCAUAUGCUACAUUUACAAAAUAUGCUACUGGAUGGCAAAGCAAAUUUACGUGCGCGUACCGUACCAAUCGAAUCGAAUUAUGUACUAUUCAACCCGGGUCCGGUACCGAGUCGCAAUGUGCCGUAUAAAAUUCGUAAGCCGCGUCCCCUUUCUUCAUGCAGCGAUGCGGAUAGUGGUUUUCUGAGUCCUUGUUCGCCGGAUGAGCUGUCCUCUUCGAAGCUAGGCUCGGCGAUCUUGGUGCUACAGCAGUGCGAUAGCAUACAGUGUCACAUUGAGGUAAGUAAAUUUUGA